AUGAUACGUCCCACCGUCGCGCUCGUGCUGGCUGCACUGGCAGCGUCCGCCGAGGCGAAAGACCGCUGCACGGCCAUCAUCGUCGGUGCCAAGGCAUCUACGACGGGCACGCCCAUGACGACGCAUACGAACGACUGCUCGUCGUGCGACUUUCGUAUCGCAAAGGUGCCGGCGAAAGUGCACGAGGCUGGCGCUCAGCACGAAGUGGUGCUCGCUGCCUUUGACUACCCCCGAUACGUUGGCAGCGCUCGUGGCAACGCGUACCUCCCCGAGAACGUGGACACGCGGUUCUUCAAUUGGACUGCAUCGCCUGCUAUUGGCAGCAUCCCGGAGGUGCCACAAACCUUUGGCUACAUUGAAGGUGCUUACGGAAUCAUCAAUGAACACCAAGUUGCGAUUGGUGAGAGCACGUGUCCCGCGCGGUUCUGGGCCAAACCACGCACACAAGGCGGGGACGCGCUCUUUGACGUGAGCGAACUCUCUCGCCUCGCACUGCAACGAACUCGAACAGCCCGUGAGGCAGUCCAAUUGAUGGGAGACCUCGCCGUGCAGUACGGAUACUAUGGUGUUGUGUGGGAAGGAGACGGUGUCUAUGACGAAGCUGGCGAAGCGCUCACGGUGACCGACACGAAAGAGGCGUGGGUGUUCCACAUUCUGCCAGACGAUACCGGCAAGUCGGCUAUCUGGGCUGCCCAGCGCGUCCCGGACGACCAGAUCAGUGGCGUCGCCAACCAAUUCGUCAUCCACGAGUUGGACUUGAACCACCCGGCAGACUUCUUGGCCUCUCCCAAUGUGCACGACGUUGCUAUUCGCCACAACCUGUGGAAGCCCAAGGGCAGCACGCCGUUUGACUUUACGCGUGUGUAUGCGCAGCCACGCAAAGCAACGCACCAGUACUACUCCACUCGUCGUAUCUGGCGCUUGUUCACGCUGGCGAACCCGGCGUUGCCGCUAUCCCCGGAGACCGAUCUGUUUGCUAGUGACUACCCGUUCGGAGUCAAGCCAGCGUCGCCUCUAUCCCCUCGCGACAUCAUGCGCUUUCAGAGGGACCACUAUGAAGGCACGCCGUUUGACAUGACCAAAGGUCCGAAGGGUGGUCCAUACGGGAACCCCGAUCGCUACGAUGAUUCACCGAACGGCGACCUGACUCGAGACGAUCUGUCGCGUGGCCACUUUGAGCGCGCGAUCUCCAUCUUCCGUGCGAGCUACUCGUUCGUCUCGAUCUUGGAUCCACACAAUCCAGACAACGCGUUCGUCUGGUUUGGCCAGUACGCCCCGCACGCAACCACCUACACGCCCGUGUUUGUCCAAGUGACUGCCGUGCCCAAGCAAUUAUCACGUGGUUCGCUCUACGCGUUUGAUCGGAACUCAUCCUUUUGGAUCCAUGCGCUGGUUGGCAACUGGGCGUCGCGCUUCUACUCGCACACCAUCCCUUUCGUCGCGAGAGUUCAGGAUGACAUGGAGAGCUAUGCGGACGGUAUGCUGCAAAAUGUGCUCCGCGAGGCUGCGCAACACAAGCGCGAUGGUGGUGUACGUGCCAUGGUCGAGUUCUACACGACAAAGAGUGAGGCAUUUGCGCAACGAGCGCAUCGUGCGUCUGUCGACCUGUUUGACUACCUCGUCACGGCCUUUCACGACGGCUUCCAGGUGUCCGACUUUUACGCAAAGAGGCUCACCGUUCACUCGAUCUUCUAUCCAAAGUGGUGGCUCCAAGAGGUGGGCUUCUUUGACGCAGGUGAAGACGACUCGGACGCUCCAUCCCCUGCAUCGGCGUCCUCGAGCACGGGAGCAGUUGCGACGGCGAAGGCAAAGAUCGUUCAAGUCGCACACGAAGGGUCUGUGUCGUACGCCACGACGACGGUCCUCGUCAUUCUUUCGGGCAUUGCCGGUCUCUUCCUCGGCCGUAAGUACCACGGGCAGCUCACGUCGAAGCAACAGGGAUAUCGGGCACUCGCAUAG